UCCCGGCUCCGGGCAGCCCGGCAGAGCGGCGAGGCGGGCGCGCAGGGCGGCUGUGCGCUGGGCGCUGCGCUCCGCCAUGCAGCCCCCGGGACCCCCCCGCCGCAUCUUCAUCCUCCUCCUCCUCCUCCUCCUCUUCCUCCUGCACCGCCGCUGGGCGCUGGCCGCCGCAGGGCUGGAGUACAGCGACGUGCUGCCCGACUCCUUCCCCUCGGCCCCGGCGGAGACGCUGCCCCACUUCUUGCUGGAGCCGCAGGACGCCUACAUCGUGAAGAACAAGCCCGUGGAGCUCGUCUGCAGGGCCAACCCCGCCACCCAGAUCUACUUCAAGUGCAACGGGGAGUGGGUCAACCAGAACGACCAUGUCACCAAGGAGGACCUGGAUGAGGUCACGGGGCUGCUGGUGCGGGAGGUGCAGAUCGAGGUGUCCCGGCAGCAGGUGGAGGAGCUCUUUGGCCUGGAGGACUACUGGUGCCAGUGCGUGGCCUGGAGCUCGGCGGGCACCACCAAGAGCCGCAGGGCCUACGUCCGCAUCGCCUACCUACGGAAGAAUUUCGACCAGGAGCCGCUGGGCAAGGAGGUGCCGCUGGAGCACGAGGUGCUGCUGCAGUGCCGGCCCCCCGAGGGGGUGCCGCAGGCGGAGGUGGAGUGGCUGAGGAACGAGGACGUCAUCGAUCCCACCCAGGACACCAACUUCCUCAUCACCAUCGAUCACAACCUCAUCAUCAAGCAGGCCCGCCUCUUGGACACUGCCAAUUACACCUGCAUGGCCAAGAACAUCGUGGCCAAGCGCCGGAGCACCACGGCCGCUGUCAUUGUCUACGUGAACGGCGGCUGGUCCACCUGGUCCGAGUGGUCUCCGUGCAACAACCGCUGCGGCCGGGGCUGGCAGAAGCGCACGCGGACGUGCACCAACCCCGCACCGCUCAACGGCGGCUCCUUCUGCGACGGGCAGCCCUUCCAGAAAAUAACCUGCACCACCCUCUGCCCAGUGGACGGCGCGUGGACGGAGUGGAGCAAGUGGUCGGCCUGCAGCACCGAGUGCACCCACUGGCGCAGCCGCGAGUGCGCUGCCCCAGCCCCCCGCAACGGCGGCAAGGACUGCAGCGGCGUGCUGCUCGACUCCAAAAACUGCACCGAUGGGCUCUGCCUGCACAAUAAAAGAGUUCUAAGCGAACCCAAAAGCCACCUGCUGGAGGCCACGGGCGACGUGGCCCUGUACGCCGGGCUGGUGGUGGCCAUUUUCGUCUUCAUCGUGAUCCUGAUGGCCGUGGGGGUGGUGGUGUACCGGCGGCGGUGCCGGGAUUUCGACACAGACAUCACGGACUCGUCAGCUGCCCUGACGGGGGGCUUCCACCCGGUCAACUUCAAGACAUCCCGGCACGACAACCCGCAGCUGCUGCACCCCUCCAUGCAGCCUGACCUGACGGCCAGCGCCGGGGUGUACCGCGGCCCCAUGUACGCCCUGCAGGACUCCUCCGACAAGAUCCCCAUGACCAACUCCCCGCUCCUCGACCCCUUGCCCAACCUCAAGAUCAAGGUCUACAACUCCUCCACCACCUCCUCGUCGCCAGGCCUCCACGACGGGACGGAUUUGCUGGGGGGGGGACCCGCCACCGGCACCUACCCAGGGGACAGCAGUAGGGACGGGCAUUUUGGGAACGUGCGGAGCAAAGCCCUGGGCUCCCAGCACCUCCUCAGCCUGCCCCGGGAGCACGGCAGCAGCGCCAGCGGGACUUUUGGCUACCUAGGGGGAAGGCUCACCAUCCCUGGCACGGGGGUGAGCCUGCUGGUGCCCCACGGGGCCAUCCCCCAGGGGAAGUUCUACGAGAUGUACCUGGUCAUCAACAAGGCGGAGAGCGCCCUCUUGCCCUCCGAAGGCACGCAGACGGUGCUGAGCCCGGCGGUGACCUGCGGCCCCACCGGCCUGCUGCUGUGCCGCCCCGUCGUCCUGACCAUUCCCCACUGCGCCGACGUCGCCUCCUCUGACUGGAUUUUCCAGCUGAAAACACAGUCCCACCAGGGAAACUGGGAGGAAGUCGUGACCCUGGAUGAGGAGACCCUCAACACCCCCUGCUACUGCCAGCUGGAAGCCAAGUGCUGCCACGUUCUGCUCGACCAGCUGGGCACCUACGUCUUCGUGGGGGAGUCCUACUCCAGGUCAGCCAUCAAGAGGCUCCAGCUGGCCAUCUUCGCCCCCACCGUCUGCACCUCCCUGGAGUACAACCUCAAGGUCUACUGCUUGGAGGACACGCCGGAUGCCCUGAAGGAGGUGCUGGAGCUGGAGCGGACACUGGGUGGUUACCUGCUGGAGGAGCCCAAGCCGCUGCCCUUCAAGGACAGCUACCACAACCUGCGCCUCUCCAUCCACGACAUCCCCCACUCGCUGUGGAGGAGCAAGCUGCUGGCCAAGUACCAGGAAAUCCCCUUCUACCACAUCUGGAGCGGCAGCCAGCGAGCCCUGCACUGCACCUUCACGCUGGAGAGGUACAGCCAGGCCUCCACCGAGCUCACCUGCAAGAUCUGCGUGCGGCAGGUGGAAGGGGAAGGGCAGAUCUUCCAGCUCCAUGUCACGCUGGGAGAGCACGCCGGCUCCUUCGACACCCUCCACUCGCACCACAGCAGUGCCCCCACCACCCAGCUGGGACCCUACGCCUUCAAAAUCCCCCUGUCCAUCCGGCAGAAAAUCUGCAGCAGCCUGGACGCCCCCAACGCCAGGGGCAACGACUGGAGACUUCUCGCCCAGAAGCUCUCCAUGGACCGGUACCUGAACUACUUCGCCACCAAAGCCAGCCCCACCGGGGUGCUCCUGGACUUGUGGGAAGCCCAGCACCAAGACGACGGCGAUCUCAACACCCUGGCCAGUGCCUUAGAAGAGAUGGGCAAGAGCGAGAUGCUGGUGGUCAUGGCCACGGAGGGCGACUGCUGCUGACGCUCCCCGCGCGGUGGCUGAGCGUGGAAGGGCCCGAGGGUGCCCGUUGAUCCUUCCCCACGUCACUGCCAGCCUUAGAGACCGAUCCUCACCGUUUACAAGCAAUUCAAGUGUUACGCAGCGUUCCUCCUCCUCCUCCCGGCCGUUUUUGGGUGGUGCUGGGGGAAUCGGGGCUUCUCGGGUCGGGGCGGCGGGGGCUUUCCUUCUCCUUGUGCGUGUGGGUUCCCCUCCCCUCCGGUUCUCCUCCUCCUUUGAUGGCAUUUCUGCGUCGAAGAGGCGAGUCCAGUCUAGGCAAGCGGCUUACUUCUGUCAAAGGCUUCAGGCAGCUUCGUAAGGCAAGUAGGAAAGGAAGAAAAAAAAGGAAAAGAAAAAAAAAAAAACAGUUUCUUAGGAAACGCAAAUAAUUUAUUAUCCAGAUCUUUGGAUGACUCCUUUUAAAAAAAAAUACAGAAAAAAAAAAAAAGAUUUAUAAAUCUUUUUUUUCCGUGUGUGUGAGAGAGGAAGAGCACUGUUGUGGUCAGAGUGGCAGAGAGAGAGAUUUAAAUGAGCGCUCUUCUGUAGGGAAAGCGUGUGGUCGAGUGGAGCAAAACUUGUUUACAUGUCCUGGGACCCCCGGGAAAUCCGUCGGGUUAAGUGCCUCUAUGCCCCCGUGCUUCAGGGCAAGCUGAGACCCUCCCUGAGAUUUUCAUUGCAAGUCCCCCUUCCUGGCAGCAGCGUCCCCCACAAACGUGGCUGGAGGGAUGCUGCCUGGUUUUUCUUGCUGGUUUUCCUUCAGGAGCAACCUGAGGUGGUGCCCCUGUUCUCAGCACCAUGCUGGAUGCUCUCCUGCUCCUCCUCCUCCUCCAUCACUGGGCUCUGUCUCCUUCGUUGCUGGUGGCAUCAGGGGAUGCCGAAUUCAUUGGGUUUUUUAAUGAAUUCUUCCCCACUGUAGUUUUGGGGGAGCUUUUUAGGGCGACUGCGCCUUUAUUAUACAUAAAUACAAACCAAAGACUUCAGCCCUGCACUGACACACAGGCCAAAGUGGUGGGUUUUGUGGUUUUUUAUUUUUAUUUUUAUUUUAUUGGUAACAAAACCCCCAGAUGUUUGCAGUUCAUGCCCCGAGGUGGCACGGUCAGGAGGAGGCAGGUCGGGAUGCAGGCCCCGGCAGACCGCAGCGCUGCGGAGUCCCUGGUUUUGAGUCAGUAUUUUGGCUGGGAUGUGGGGAGGGAGUUUUGGGGCUGGGGGCUGCUUUGGGUGAGGUCGGCGGGGCUGCCCUGCUCCUGCGUGGGCUCCGAGGACGAAGCCCCAAGGGUUUAUCCUGCUGGGUCUCGUAGCAGGGCUGCUCCGUGUUCGCACGUAGUCCCUUGAUAGGACGGCUGUGCCCCAUGCUGCCCAGCAUUUUGAAGAGCUGGUUUCUCGUUUGGGGUUGGAAGAAACACCAGUGGAGCUGUUAGCGUGCUUUAUUCGGGUUGCUUUUGGUCCUGUGCUGAGUUCUACCUUGCUGGUGAGGAAGGGUCUGCAAGCCAGGCUGCGCCUCUUAGCUUUAGGAGAGGCAGCAUCGAAAGUGGUCAUCGGGUUUCCGUCCCAUUGCAUCUCCUUUAUUUUCUCUUUUUUUUUGGUAAUGGACUUGUUAUAACAGUGGAGGGAGAAGUGCGAUGGAUGGAAAGUGAUCAACGGGUAACGAGGCUCAUCGCAGAGAUACGGUGUCUGGAUGAAGGCUAAACAUUGAGACUACCUGCAGAUAGAAAUAUUUACUAGGUGGUUGUGGUGUCUUAGAAAUUUCUCUGUUGAAAAAUAAAGAAAUAGGAAGGGGAUGAGAAGCUCGGGGUUAGACCAGACCACACAACAAGGCUGUGGACCCUCCGUCGAUGGAAGUAUUAAGAGCAGAGCCUGGAGGGCAGCUCCUGCCUCGGGCUGCAAGGCUUUGCGAUGCGAAGCCCAGGAUGCAAACCAAGAGCAUCAUCACAGGGAGAAGCUUUCAGUAUUGCAAGCGUCUUCACGGGGUUGUUUUUGGCAAGAUGAGAGGCUUGGUGUGCUAACCCAGCGCAUCCUGGUGUCAUCAGGUUGUGUGCUGGGUGAAAUCACAGCCAGGAGCCCAAAUUUCUCAGGGGGGGAAGCGUGCAGGCUCUGCUGAGGGGCUUUUUUUGGGGUGUGUGUGUUGCUCAGCCUUUUUUGAAGUCUGCAGUGAACACGCAGACCUUCAGACAUGCAAAAACCACAGGUGGGUCAAACGCUCAGAUGCAUUUCUUGGCAGCUGUGAACCCAACCCACACAGCACUCCUUAAAAACAACCAGCGAGGGGCUUGGGGCAUCCGACAGGUCCCAGCUCCCUCCCUCCAGCUCCUCGCUGUCUCCCUGCUUUACUCUCCAGACUGGAUUUUCCACCAGGUUGGAAACUGAAGGUGGGAAGACUUGUAGGUGACUCCCCUUGCCACCUAGGAAGGGCUUUCUCUCUCCGUUAGGUUGCAUUUAAGCAUCCCAUUAGCGGCACCCCACCCCUGAGCCGAGGGGGAUAAGCGAAUUUGGGGGAAAAAAUGAAGAAUUGCUCUCGCGCCGUGGCUGCUGGCGUUACCCAGGGCUUCAGCGGGAGGCGAGCUGCCCUUUUCUGAAUCUCUCUCGCUCUCAUUCUGCUCCGCGGACCUCGCGGUGCCUGUCCGUCCGUCCGUCCUGCCCACCCCAUCCACCUGUGUUCGUCUCCCCCAUCCUUUUGGGGCCGUGUCGUGCCGGCAGCAGCCGCCCCUCGCUCUGCGACCUGUCCCUGUAUUUAUGUGCCCAGGGGCCGGGCGUCCUCUCCACCCACAUCUGUUUAUUCUGUAAAGAACUGUAAAUAAAGUUUAGCAUUCCUAUUGUAACAAAUUAAUUUUUAUGCAAUAAAUUAUAUUUCCUAGUCUAAUAAAAAAAAAUAAAUAAAUUA